GUUUUUUUUUUCUAAUACAGGUGUGUUUCUGACGGAUCUAGUCUACAUUGACAUGGCACAUCCACACUUGGGUGGGCUGGAACCUGAGCAGCGUAAGCUCAAGAUGAAUAACAUACUACGCAUUGUGUCAAAUCUACAGCAAUCUCGGUACACUAGCCUCAGUCCUCUACCUCACAUUCAGCGCUACCUCCAUUCGGUGCGGUACAUCGAUGAGCUGCAGAAAUUUGUGGAAGAUGACCAGUAUAAGUUGUCCCUUAAGCUGGAACCACCUUCACCUGUUCCCAGCUCAUCUAGUUCACGGGAAUCUGUUAGUGAUAUGAUGACAGUGGCCUCUCUGAAUCUGUCACCAGCCAAGGCUGCCCUACGUCUCCAGCCAGUCAUCAAGUUUGUGCCAGGCCACCGCAAAUGUCGUAGUCUCGGCACCAAUGUGUUCAACAAGCCUUGUGGCUCGAGGCCACUACAUCUGCUGGAUGACUCCGUGUUGGAGGAGAGUGGGUGUGGCGGGGGCCUGGGUCUGCUCAGUCACUCUACUCACCUUGCCCCCGCCAGCACUAGCCAGGACGAGGCCUGUGACACUGUGAGCUUGCAGGGCUGUCUCCGCCGCAAAACUGUACUUAAGGAUGGACGCAAGCCCACCGUCGCUGCCUGGCAGCGCUACUGGGUCCAGCUAUGGGCCACUGCACUCGUCUUCUACUUGCCAAAAACCUUCAAAGGAUGUGAGCGCAGUGACUUCAAGCGUGACCCAUGUAAGAUGACUCCUCUCUCUGGCUGCCUUGUAACUUUAGGUCACAACCCUCUCCACUCUGAUGUGUUUCUUAUCCGUGACCCUCACCGAAGCAAUAUGUACAAAUUUAAGGCUAUAAGUGAAGAAGCUGCCUUGGUGUGGUACAACUCUCUACAACAAAUGCUCACUGACAACACCACUGGGGCCACCCCGACUAACCUCAUAUCGUUCGAUUGAUCUGUACAGUUCCUACUUUAGUCAUUUAAGUUUGAUGUACUAUAAUUAUUGUUUAGUUGUUUGUAAAUACCCAGCUGAUCAAACUUGUGAAGUGUUUUGCACUCGCAUUACAAUAGAUCUCACAAUCUUUUAUUUAGUUUUGUUAUUUUCUGGUCAUGCGUUUUGUGAUCUUUAGUUGUUUACUUGUUGACAUUUCAUUUAAAGAGCUGACUACCAAACUUAAUAAAAUUUGAUAACAUUUAA